UAUAAUGCCAACAAAAUCAAAAUUAGCAAGGGCGGCUGCAGCCUGCCAGUGUCUCCCAUCUCACAAGCAGCAUGCCAACCGUCAAGCCUAGCGAGCGAAGGAUGGCUCUUCUUGAGGAUUUCUACAAGUCCUACCUGACUGAAGGUGGCUAUCGUGAGAAAAGGUUUGUCCAACUAGGGGCAAAGGAAGGCAUUUCAGAACAGAGAGCACUUCGAUCUUUGAACGAUGGCAAGGUUCCACUGGAUUUUUCCUUCAUCGACCUGCACCCAAAAAAGGGUUUGUCGGAGGAGAUGGUGCAAUGUGACAACAACACCAAGUUCUUAUUGGCAUGGCUACCUGUGUUUGCUGUGGACCCGCCAACUGAGAAAGAAUGCAAGGAAGUUCUGGCGAAAGUAGCCCAAGACCAACGGAUGACACUUUCGAAAGACAAAGAAGACAUUGGAGACUGGUGUCGGACCGAAGGCAACUUGCACAGAGCAUUGGCUUCAAAAGUGCUAAGUGCCUACUCAAGGACAGAAAAAACAAGGUCCCAAGGCAGCAACAUGCACAAGCUGAAGAAACUGGUUUCUUUGAUCUUCAAGGAUGCCGGUGUUGUGAAACGCACCAAAUCGAUCAGAAGACCUUUGGAGGCCCCCGACAAGAAGCCACAAGGAACAGAACAGAAGGAUCCAGAAGGAACACUAAAGAAAGAUCUGGAAAAAGUGGAAAAGGAUAACAAGGCUGAACCAUCCCAGCUGGAUGACAAUGUAGAAGAAGUUGAACUUUUGAUAGAGGAAGGAGAGGAAGAGGAAAAUAUGACAGAUGAUGAAGAAACAGAGCCAACCCCUGCCCCAGUAGCACGUGAACUUUUUCCACAAGGCCCCGUCAAAGUUGGAGAGGAUACAGCCAAGGUAGAAGCCCCAAAGGAGGUUGAACCGAGAAAAGUAGAAAAAAAGGUGGAAGAAAAGGUACCAAAGGAGCCAAGGCAAGCGGAGGCAACAGGAAAGCCCUUGGAAAACAGCAACCCAAAGGAUCCGGAGUUGACAAAGGGUAGCAAAGUUGAAGCGGAAAAAGAAGAUGUCCAGAAGAAGCAUGGCAACAAGAACGGCAGGGAUACACACUCGAAGGGUGAUACCCUCUCAAAGGAGGCUACAGAUGCGAAGCAGGUAAGUGCAACAGACGAGAAGAAGAACACGGAGGCACUUGAGACUGCUCAAGCCUUAGCGUUGGGUCUCCAGGAAAUUUUAGCGGACUGCACCAGAGAGAAUAAACCCAAGAUCUUGAAGAUGAUCAAUGGAAUUUUGGGUUCAGAACCAACUUCAGUAGAUUCACUACCUGGAAAGCGAAAGAACGAGUUUGCAGAACCCAAAGCCCAAAAGAACUUAAAGGCCGCAAAAUGCCCAGAGGAAUUGGAAAACGAAAACACUGGUGAAGCUCCCGAGCCCGAUGCAGCAGCAGCAGCCUAUGCAGAUACCAAGCCGCUAGUCCCUGAAGUUCCCGACCUUGCUCAGUCUGACAACAUUAAGCCACCCGAUGCCGAUGAUGUUGACACAAUUCGGAAACAGCUGGAAGAGCAAAGACUCCUCAGAGCGAUGAACAAGGAGAAGAGCGCACAGAAACCUGGCCCCAAAAAGGCAUCUAAGAAGUCAAAGGCAGCAAAAAAGGAUCGGGAGGUUGAUGAUGAGAACAAUGGAGAUGAGGCAGAAGAUGAAAUGCAAACAGCCUUGGACGAACAGGACAAGGUUAUGAAGACAGAAAGGGAGACAGAAGAUAAUGAAAAGCAACCACGCCGUGGCCGUGGCAGAGGCAAAGGUCGUGGCCGCGGCAGAGGAAAAAAUACUCAGAAGCGAAAGGAACCAGAGCAUGAACAGGACAAUGGAAAUGAUGCUGAGAACCAACCGGAGGAAAAAAAACAAAAGGCUGAUCAGGGGGAAGCUACUGAAGAUCAGGGAUCAAACACCCCAGAUGAGGAAGACAUGCCUAAGCCUGCGACAGCAAAGAGUACCUACCAAAAAAGGAUGGAGGCGUGCCGCGAGAAGAACCUAGCCGAAAUGGUGGCGCUGAGCAAGAUUCCAGGCAUCAACUACACCCUUCCGCCUGAAGAUGUAUAUGAAAAAGCUGGGUCUUGGACUACUGCGGUCGAAGAGGGAUUUGUGGAGCCCGGGCUGGUUCUGGACGAUUGCAGUCCGAUCUCAACCGUGUUGGCAGGGUCUUUCUACAUUCCCCAUGUGGACCCGCUGGUGGUGAAACUGAUCAAUACGGCACAGAAGAAGUCAUUCAAGGUUGGUGCCAAGAACGGAGUCACUGUUGGAUGGUCAACCAAUGGUGGACCUGAAGCAGCGUGGGACUUGGCCCGGCAAAUUGCCGGAUGGAAGCAUGCGGCCUAGCUGUUGCUCUGCUGUGAAUGACGGCACCAUGUUGAUUUCUAGCGCUGCUACAGUGCUAUUUAGAUAUCAAGUUCAAUCAACCGGCUUGCAGAGUUCGGGGUUGCUGGAUUUGGGUU